GGCCCAUCGGCUGUCUCGCCAUGAGAAGAAUGUUUGGGGAGAUAGUUUCAUUGAUGUUCAUCCAGCCAUGGAUGAGAUCAGAUGUCUAUUCACUAUAGAUCCCUUGAAUGCCGAAGGCCUAAUCCGCGAAGGUCUUGUCGAUGUUAUGUGCGAAUGUGUCACUGGGGAGCGAGAUACUCUAACAUGGCUGGAGUCCGUACGAUCGCAAUAUGGGAGACGGACGACUCCUGCCAUCUCGUCGCACUAUGCGCCCCUACAAGUCCUAUACCUAAUACUGGACGACGCUCCCACUUUCCCAGAGGCGAUAAUCAGUCUAGUCUUGUGUGCGCUCCGGAGACAUUGGUCAAAAAUGAUGACUAAAAUUUGGAAUGUACCUGGGAACACCUUGGACAGCUUAAAAGGUGUCAAGAACCCAGCAUAUGUAGGAUUGUCUGCUGAGCGACGUGUUGCGCAGGCAAUCUUUGUGGCCGCCGUUGAUCACGAUGCCUGUUUUAUUGAUGUGCUGCGUCAUGAAGAAGAUUGCACUAUUGCGGUCGCAACUCGGUAUUGGAUGAUAUCAAACCGGCCAGAGGACGUUACCGACUUCCUGAAUUUAAUCUUUCGUGUAGGACGAUGGAUAUAUCAUCUUGAAUCGCCCCAAGAUCGAGAACUUCAAGUGGAGCGUUUUUUCGCUGGACUGUCGGCCGGGGUUCAGGGCCCGUUCACCGCUCUAUUCGCCAGGGCUGAACUCAUUAUACCCUACAAGGAUGCUGAGGUCGGUCUACUGAACAUAAUGGUCAUGCGAAAUUUAUGGCGAAUAGCUAUGAUCACCAAAAGUCCAAAUGGGCGUCUCGGCAUCUUAUCCUCUUCGACCUGUCUCGAUGACUACAUCGCCACCUUUCUUACUUGUGACUCUAUUUGGCGCUUUCUCUUUGGACGAUGCACCCGGGAGGGCCCAUUUACCGUUAAGCCCACUCUCAUACCCGAUACGCACAGCUCCAUCUGGAAACCGAAGGAGAAUAUAUAUGCACCGUUGUCUGAUUCAUGGGAUUCACCGAAAUUGGUGGAGAAACUAUGGACAGAACAUGCCACCUCUGAAGGAUGGCCUUACUGGUACAAUAAUUCUACUGGUGAAAGUUUCUGGGAUAAACCUGAAGCAUUGAAGAGCGUUGAAGAGCGUGCAUUCGAUCGAGCUGGUUGGAGGAUGUGGUAUCGGGAUGCGUCUAAAAAAGGAAAAUUAUGGUAUCACGCAGAAACGCAGACUGUUGAACACGCAAGGACGGCUGCUAUCAUGACGAUCAUGAAGCAAAUCGAGAAGGAGGAUGAAUCCGUCGUCACCAUAGAACUCCUUUCCCUAUGUGUGCGGGACACUAUGGACUUCCUCCCCGAAUACUCCCCAGAUUUAUCACGGCUUCUCGUAUCAUCAGGGCUGUUUGAGGCAUUGGAGGCCGUUGUGCCUCAGUGUUAUGCAGACGAUAUGCUGCAUAACUUUAGGACGCUUCGCAUGGCUGCUCCGAAAGCAGCCUACUAUCCUACCUGCCUUUCGAAAGCAGCUUCCUCGUUCACAAUUUCUUCAUUCCCUUCUUGCAUGUGACCCUCUCGUUUCCUCGACUAUGUCAACUCGAUGCCCCUGCGUCCCAAUACCUGCUGGCUCCUUGUCACUGGAACACCAUAGGAGGAACAGGUUUGUGGACGCGCGAGCGUGGCAGAUGCUUUUGGCGACACAACGCGCUUGUGAUAUUCACCGCGAGUGUAUGGGGCGGGGGUGUCGAAAGCGCGUGGAAGUGCGGUGCAAGGGCUGCCGUACGGAGCAGUAUUGUGGAUACGAGUGUCAGAAAAGGAGCUGGCGAGAACACAGGCUCGUAUGUGGUCUUCGGCUCGACAAGUACGAUGUGCUCCCGAGGGAAGGAUCAGAUGCGUCUGGUAGAUCGAUGGCCGUAGAGGAGGGUAUUGUACUCACAGUUCCACUCAGACUUUGGAAAGACGACACUUUCAGCGCUCGGACUAUCA